AUGGCCCCCAAAGUCGCCCAUGCCCUAAAGAGAAGGAAUGCGAACACCACCUCGUGUGGCAAAAAGUACUUUGCAAACCUGAUGAAAUUAAGGAACGACUCCACGCAUCAGGCUGUGCUUGGGGCCAGCCAGGAGCAUGGGCUCGGGAGGCCCCGGGGCGAGGAAGGAAGCGUCUGGACAGAGGAGCUAAGCCUUGGGCGGCUGGGAGGCCCGAGCGAGGGACCGCGCCUGGAGGCCCCGCCGACGCCCGCACGACACCGGAGCUCCGCCAGCCUUAGCUCCCAGCGUAUUCCCGAGGCGCCAGCGCAGCAUCCCGAGAGACCUUGCACCCAAGAGCCCGGGAUGGGCCCUGGCCUCGGCGGGUCCCUGGAAAAUAGGCUGCUUCUCCAGAAAUCCCGAGAUGAGCAGCCCUGGGAGGUCCAGCCCCCCACCUCCCGCAAGAUCCCCCGGGUUUCCACCCUUGCACCUUCGCUGGCCGCCUGUGAAGCAGAAACAGUUACUCUCUUCCACUGUGGCUCCGAAGGAGUCUCCGCGGGAAGCCACCUCCUCCCGGAAGCCUUCCCAGACUCCACAUCCCCGUGCUGCCCAGGAAAGGCCCUCACUCUGGACAGACACACCUCUUGGUGGCUUGACCCGACCUGCGACGGCCCUGCCCUCUGCGGAGCCUGGCCCGCCGGCCUCCCACCGUUGCCUUCUUCCCCUCCGGCCCCAGACCCAGGGGACUCGGGACUCGGGAGGUCCCCACACAGCCGGCGGGGUCCCAGGCCCUGCCCCAGGCCCUGUGGUUUGCACGGCUGCGGAAGGCAUUAUCCUCUUCCUGGUCAGAGGGCUGCGCUUAGUCCCAGGGCGAGCGGGAAGGUGAGUGAGCGGCCGGCGCCCCAGCCUGCUGCCCGGCGUGGUGCCAGGGUGCGUCUCCUGCGUGGGCGCCCAGCCGCCUGCCAGCGCGGCCUCACACCGCGGUCGCACCCUGAGCCCCACCUCGGUGCCUCCGUCUGGUACAUGGUGCUCAUCAGCCGUACACCAAAGUGGGAUGCAAUGCAGCGCUUCCGGCUGCGUUUGUCACGGCGUGUCACCUUUACUCGAUAG